AUGGUUGGAGUGCUAGGCAGAUCUAGGGGUUGUUUACCCUGCAGAAAGCGUAAAAUCGGGUGUGGACUGCAGCGACCGGCUUGUACCCAGUGUGUACGGUCAGGGCGAGAGUGUGUUGGCUAUCCCGAUAAAAACAUAUUUCUCUUUGUCCAGCCGGGGUCGACCAAAAAGAAACGGGGUGUCCCUAAAGGCAGUGUCGUAGAGAGAGAGAAGCCUUCGACAGAAUUGAUCGAUGAUAAACAUACCACCCGCACUUUGCUAUCGAUGGGCACAAAAUGGAGCCUGACAACUGCCAACUGUAGAAAUCCAUUCUCUUACCCCUUCACGGAGAAUAGCAACGCCCAUAGACUGCUUAUAAGGAAUGGCGAAUGUCACAGCAUGGUGGAUGCGUUCCUCUCCGACUGUUUCGCUUCGGACCAGCCACACCUUACCGACACCCCUAACGGCGAACCAUGGACAUUUCUCCUCUCACAGCUACGGACGAAAUCCCGGGCCCUUGAAUCAGCAAGUGUAGCGCUUGCUGCGGCUGCACUGGGAUUCAUGCACGAUAUCCCUCACCUGAAAAGGGAAGGAUUAAAAUUCUACACCAAAGGUCUCCAGGAACUACAGAUUGCUCUGUGGGAUAAGAACCUGAGGCUUGAGGAUGCGACGCUCACUGCGUGCAUGGCACUUAUUAUGUACGAGGUCGUUGAGUGCCCCGGAAAGGCGAAAGCAGCCUACGAUAUCCAUCAUAACGGAGUAAUGGCUUUAGCAGUUCUAAACCGAGAACCGGACUUCUUAUCCGAGCCUCUUUGGAUGGAAGGACCCUGGGCAUUAUUCCCCAAGGCACCCAUGGACCGUAUUAAUGACUGUCUAGCCCUUUCUCCAGCGAUUCUCCAGAAAGCUUCCCAUUUGGUAUUUCUCGACCCCAAGCCAAAGGUAGAGCUAGCCCGGCAGCUAGCGCAGGAGUGCUUGGAAAUUGAUAAAUUGCUUGAUGAUAUCUACGUGGACAUACAAUCGAUAGGACCGGGCCCUCUCUAUUGGAAUGUUGUGGCUAAACUUAGGAUCCCUACCGAUAUCAACGGGCCCCUUUUCCCAGUGGUAUAUUUCUUCAAAGAUCUAAAGGUAGCCUGGCUGGUGAUGACAUACUGGGCCGCUCGGCUAAUGUUAUGGGUUGGACUCUGUGACCUAUAUGAUGUUAUCGAGCACAUUCAACCCGAGGUCAUCCGUGAUUCUCUGAGUCCUGAAUCAACCGAUGAUGAUACUAGGAUUGAUCAGCCCUGCCCAUCCGGUACCUCUACCCUUUUUCCGCAACUAGGCCACCGCAAACACUACCGUUCUAUGGCGCACAAUGUCUGCCAGUCCAUAGAGUAUUUCUUACAACCGUGCAUGAAGAUGGGAGGAGCAUUCUCUGUUUCGUCAGUAUUAGGAGUCGUACUUGGUAGUAUCAUAGGACGGCCUAGCUUUACAGAAGAGGCUACUUGGAUGCGAGCCGUGCUAGGACUGGUUCAAAGGAAAGGCCAUCGGCUUCCUCUCUACAGCAACCCUUAA